AUGGCCACCACUGCUAUCACCAACGUUCGUCUGUUCGAUGGAGAGAACGAACAUUCCCCUACUACGGUCGUUCUCUCUGGCCCAGUGAUUCAAGGCAUUGGUGUACCCAUUCCGGCCGAUGCCACGGUCAUUGAUGGCACAAAUUGUACUUUGUUGCCGGGUCUAAUCGACGCACAUACACACACGAAAAUUCCCCAAUUAAAGCUGGCUUUGACAUUUGGUGUCACUACAGAGCUGGAGAUGAUGGGUUAUUGGACACCGGAGCAGCGCGCCGAGGUUGCAUCUCGUGAUGACAUUGCUGACCUCCGAAGCGCUUCGUUCGGCCUCACGCCGCCUGGGGGCCAUCCAAGCGAACUUCAUGGCCCACGCGGCGGAAAAGGCAAAGACGGUCCACCUGCUGGCAAACCUCCAGGAAGCGGUCCACCUCAUACACAUGGACACGGACAUGACCAUGGCCACAAGGGUGGCGAGGGCAAGAGGCAAGGAAUUAAGGCACCCAAUGCUUCUAACCCCCAUGAAGCCGUUGCCUUUGUGCAAGCACGCAUCGAAGAGGGUGCAGACUACAUUAAAAUCAUGAUCGAGGAAGGGAGCGUUCUGAAGGCGCCCGGGCUACCUGUGCCUAGCAACGAUACCAUUCUAGCUGCUGUGCAUGAAGUACACCGUCGAGAGAAAAUGGCUAUUGCUCACAUUCUUACCUAUGACACGGCUGAGAUAGCUAUUGACGCCGGAAUGGACGGCCUCGCCCACAUUUUCAUUGAUCGGCCUGCUGACGAAUCGUUUAUCCACAAGGCGAAGGCUGCUGGAACCUUUAUCACGCCGUGUUUGUGCCUAAAUGCGUCCAUUAUGGGCCUGCCGCCUGCAUCGUUGGCCUCCGAUGAGCGUGUCUCCUCGAAAUUGAGCCAGGAAUGGCUGUCCACACUAAAGAGCAGCUUCAAUACCUACCCGGCGGGUGAUUUCAAUGUCGUUUUGAAAACAGUUGGGGACCUCCACAAAGCUGGCAUUGAUAUCCUCGCUGGCACGGAUGCAUCCGUUCCAAUGCCACAUCUCGGAGGCCUGGCUCACGGUGCUAGCGUGCACCACGAGCUGCAAUUGCUAGUUCAGGCAGGCUUGACAACGGUUGAUGCACUGAAAGCUGCGACAAGCGUUCCAGCAAGGAGAUUCGGGUUGAAAGAUAGAGGUCAUGUGAAGGAAGGGCUUCGGGCUGACUUGCUUCUUGUGGAGGGUAAUCCUACAAUUAACAUUUCGGAUACUCUGUCGAUCAAGGGUGUUUGGAAACGGGGUGUGAGAUUGGACCAGAACUAA